CCCCCCACCACUCUAGGCGUUGUGUGUCCAGACCUCGCCACUCGGGCUGCACCUCUGGUUGCAGCGCACACGCCUUCUGCGCCUUCCCCUCGGGAGCCUCGCGGUUGGCAGUGCUGGUCCCUUGCAGCCACUCCAGACCCGAGAGGGCCCCGGAGGGUCCUCUCACUUCUCGCUGGGGCAGCAUGCCCAACGACGACGCCUUCAGCAAGCCCUCUGCAUCUUCGGAGGCCCCGCACGCCGCCGGGGCACCCCCGCAGGGCAAGGCCGGGGGCUUUGGCAAAGCGGCUGGGGCGCUGCUUGGGAAUAACGGUGGCGCGGGCGCCGGGGGCGGCGGCGGCGGCGGCGGCUCAGGCUCGGGGGCGUCGGGCAUGGGCUCCGGGAGCAAGAAGUCCCCGCGGCUGCCCAAGUGCGCGCGAUGCAGGAACCACGGCUACGCGUCGCCGCUCAAGGGCCACAAGCGCUUCUGCAUGUGGCGGGACUGCCAGUGCAAGAAGUGCAACCUGAUCGCUGAGAGACAGCGCGUGAUGGCCGCGCAGGUGGCCCUGAGAAGGCAGCAGGCCCAGGAGGAAGAACUGGGGAUAAGCCACCCCAUCCCGCUGCCCAGCGCUGCCGAGCUGCUUGUCAAGAGAGAGAGCGACGGCAGCAACCCGUGCCUGAUGACCGAAAGCAGCAGCCCCUCGCAGCCCGCGCCGGCCAGCACCCCCACCACUGCAGCAUCAGAGGGACGCAUGGUCAUCCAGGAUAUUCCUGCUGUCACCAGCAGAGGGCACGUGGAGAACACACCUGACCUGGUGUCUGACCCCACCUACUACAGUAGCUUUUACCAGCCGUCUCUGUUUCCGUACUACAACAAUCUGUACAACUACCCGCAGUACUCCAUGGCCUUGGCUGCUGAUUCCUCUUCUGGGGACGUGGGAAGCCCCCUCGGGGGGUCCCCCGUGAAGAACAGCCUCCGGAGCCUCCCCGCACCUUAUGUGCCUGGGCAGGCAGGAAACCAGUGGCAGGUAAGGCGUUACCCAGAGCGGCUGGAUCUGCCGAGAGCACACA